UAUUUACUCUUUAAAGUACAUCACUAACACAGUUCUCUCAAAAAUGUAAAUAAGAUUAAUUCUAAUAAAAUAACUAGAACGCAAAUGAACUGCACGAGUGACUUUCUUAUCUGUUGCAAAAAAAAAUGUUUGCCGUUGUUAAUUUGUUGUGUUGUUGAUAAUCACUAAAGAAUGUGGGACAAUGAAAAACUGUUAGAUUAUUGUUCUAGCAAAGAAGCCUUCUAGUAAUAUUAAACAAGUUUGUUAGCAGCUGUGAAAGCAAGUAGUUCAAUAUGAUCUGUUUACGUAUAAAGACGAGUGGAGUCUGAGAUGAUAGUAUAUGCAAAUUAUUUUACACAAGUUGUUGAAUUUGAAAACUCGGGUUUUAAUGAGUUUUUACACCAGUCUGUUGACUUGACUCAAUAUUAGAUUUGAACACAGCACCGUCAGAGCGUUCAAUGCGAUACAUUUCAUAUGCGCACUGCACUGAGGCCUAGAAAGUUUAUGUGAUUUGCGAAAAGAAAACUCACACCGCACUUGGCGUUAAUUGCGGAAAAGUGAUUUGUUGUGGCGGCUGCCGUUGUGUGUGCGCUCGCGUUUAUGUGUGUGUUUGUGGGCGUACGUAACGUGCGUAAGUGCUGAAGUCAGAGCAAUUUCUAUGUCGUGCACGUUGUGAUACUCGUGAAACUUUAUGAAAUUUGUAUGAGCAGCAUUAAUAAUAACAGCAACAACAACAACAAUAACAAUCAACAGCAAGAGCAGCUGGAGCAGAGCAUUCCGCAAAGAUGUCGACAGUUAAAUGGAUUUGGCGAUUGGCGUUGAGCAUACUAGUUGUGCUAGUCACCAGCUCAGCGGCCAUUGAACCGACCGGAUAUUUUCGUGAGGUCUGCAAAUAUCGCAAGGGGAAAUUGUUAAGACCUGUCAACGAAUACCGACAACGUCUGCAUGCGUUGCGUGAACAGAUGAAAAUACGCUCUUCGCUGCGUGGGCUCGAGAUCGAUGCGUACAUAUUACCACCCUACGAUGAUCAUUUGAAUCAGGAAAUGGCCGAGAAUGACCAACGCGUGCGAUAUCUCACUGGUUUUACGGGUAUCGGCGCAUUUGCCGUCGUUACGGCGCGUGCCGCAGCGCUAUGGGUAGACAAUCGCUAUGUGCAGCAAGCUGAUGCGGAAAUCGACUGCGAAUGGGAGCUCUAUCGGAUGAACGAUACCGUAACGAUAACGGCAUGGCUUUCGGCUAAGUUAUAUGCAAAUCAGCGCGUUGGCGCCGAUCCACAUCUUGUGCCACACCAUUUGUGGAUGCGUUGGGAGCGCGAGUUGGGUAAUCGGCUGCUAGUGCUUAGCAGAAUAAAUAACAAUUUGUUGGAUAUGAUAUGGGUGGAUCGUCCGCCAGCAUCGAAUUUCACAAUACGCGUGCAGGAACUACAAUUUGCCGGAGACAAGUGGGAGGUUAAAGUGGAUGAGUUGAGAUUGAAAUUGCAGAAGUUCAGUUGUGAUGCCAUGAUUGUGACAUCACUCACCGAGAUAGCCUACUUGCUGAAUAUACGUGGACUGGACUUGCCAUAUACGCCGGUUGUGAAGUCCUACCUCAUAGUGAGCCAUGAUGAAAUCUUCUUCUACGUCGAUCAUAGUAAGAUGACACAAGGAAUUGACUUUCAUUUACGUACGGACUGCUACAACGAUCGCUGUGUGAAAAUUAGAGAAUACUACAAAGUGUGGAAUGAUCUGCGCACUUACGCGCAAAUCUGGAAACGUGUACUUGUACCAGGUCCAUGUGUGCAGGAAGAAGGCGCGUCUGAAGCUGUCUUCGCAGCACUGCCGAGUAAUAUAGUCUAUAUAGAGGCAUCGCCCAUAAUUUAUAUGCGCGCACAGAAAACGCCCGAAGAGCAACGCGGCAUGCGUGAGGCGCAUGUCCGUGAUGCCGCAGCCAUUUGUGAAGCUAUGAGCAUACUGGAGAGUCGAUUCUUCAUCGAACAAUGGACCGAGGAGAAGGUGAAAUACGAGAUCGAUCGUUCGCGACUCUCACAGAAUAAUGCACGUGGCCUCUCGAAACGCAGCGUUGUUGCGUACGGCGAACAUUCCGCUUUACCAUACUACAUUUCCAGCAAUGUCACCGACAUCGAGGUGACCGAUCAGAGUUUACUGGUUAUCGAAUCGGGUGGUCAGUAUUACGAAGGCACAACCGAUGUAUCGCGUACAUUUAUUUUCGGUGAACCGACGGCAGAAAUGAAACGCGCCUAUACGAAUGUGCUGGCGGGCAUGUUGGAACUGGCAAAAUUACGUUUUCCCUCCAAUUUACGUGCGUCCGGUGUGGAUGUGUUGGUGCGACGUUUGGAAUGGGAGGAUAUGGUGGACUAUCCACAGACGACGGGUAGCGGUAUAGGCGCAUACGGAGCGGUUAAGGAGCCUCCAAUCUCUAUAGCCUACGGAGAGGAAGGUUCUCAUCGUUUUCUUGAGGGCUAUUUCUUUUCAAGUGAGGCUGGAUUUUAUCGACCUGGCGAGUUUGGUGUACGCCUAAAAAACGUUCUAGAAGUAGUCGAUACUGGCAAAACCCAUCCAAAUGGCAUGAAAUUUCUGGAAUUUCGUCAUGUAACUUUGGUGCCCUUCGAGCCGAAAUUGAUCGAUCCAACGCUUUUAAAUGCAAUGGAGAAACGCUACCUCAACGAGUACAAUGCGAAAGUGCGCGAAUUUGUCGGUGGCGAAUUGAAACGUCAGGGUAACAUGCAGGCCUUCCACUGGAUGAUGAAUAAGACCCGUCAUAUACGCGAGUAUCUGCCGGAAGAGGAUUACCGUGCGGCGCGUGGUUCGGGCAAUCGAACGCGUAGCUUUCUUACGGUAACAGUGCCAGCGCUGUUGUUGGGUUUAACCGUUUUUUGUAGCUUCCUGAAGUGGUUGCUCUAGUGAAAUGUUAAUACAAUAGCAGAUUAUAAAUAUAACUACUUAACUGAAAUUUACUAGUAUUGUAGGAAAACUAGGAAUAACUACUAAUUAUAUGUGCGACUUUAAGGCUAACCUAAUUGACUUUAGCUAAAUUAUAGUGUUCACCGAUGCACAAUCCAAAUAGUAGUAAUCGGAAAUGAUGUGCCUAAUUCUCACUGUGUAUUAGUUGUAAGUAUGUAAAUAAUGUAUGUGCCUGUAAGUGCCCAAUUCAAGAUGUGAACUUAAACUGAAUGUAUUAUUUUUUGUAAUAAAAAACAAACAAACUAA